UGGAAACGGUAAUGUGUAUCCGCUAAGGCAAAAGUUUCGAGAAAGAUGCAAGGCGAGGAUGACAACUCUGCCCAUCCGCCAAGGAAUUCUCGCAUUUUUGCGACCAAGUCUGUGGAUAUACUUGACUGUGAGAGCACGAAGGAACAGGCUCCGAAAUUAUGCGGCUACCUGAACAAGCUGGUUGGUAAGGGGCCCCUCAAGGGAUUCAAAACUCGCUGGUUCGUAUACGACCCGAGGAAAUGUUACUUGUACUAUUUCAAGACCCCUCAGGACGCCCUUCCCCUUGGGUACAUUGAAAUAGCCGAUGCAUGCUUCACCUACGAUGUGGAGGCAGAAGAGGGCCAGUUCGAGAUCCGCACGGCGGGGAAGGAGUUUCUGCUCAAGGCGCCCAACAAGCAGGUGAUGCAGUACUGGCUGCAGCAGCUCCAGCAGAAGCGAUGGGAGUUCAGUAACACGAGAGGAUGCGGAAACAGAGACAGCUGGUGCUCGCCCUCCACUCUGUAUCCUCACACAGGCCUGGUGGCCAAAGAUGCAGAUGCAGUGUUGCUUGACCAACCCAAUGAAAGCAUGGAGAGCGUCCGGAGUGAUUUUACAGUGGAGGCCGAUGCUAAUGGCUUGGUUGGACUCCAGACUGCAAGGAACUCGGCAACCCUUAACUUUUCCCUUAAACAGUGGAGCACUGAGCUGAGGAACAGCAUGUCUCACUUGCGGCCCAGUCGAGUUGGAGAGAACAGACGCAGUAUUUUUUACACAGCCAGCAACGAGGAGUGGGAGAUGAUUGAUCCUCCUACCAAAGACACACCAGAACAUAAGCCCCCGACCGAGAGCCCACGCAGAGAGAACCCAUCGCACUUCCAAAGACACUCCCUUGGUUCAGCAUUUACAUUUGAUUUCCGGAACCCAUCCCGCAUUAGACGGCCAUUCCACAUGGGCUCGGGUAAGUCAAGCCGCAGUGCAGAGACGUCGCCAGUGGAGUUUAAUGGCAGUAAAGCCUUGGAGCUGCAGCUGCGUUUGCAGAACCAGCAGGAGGAGCUGCGCCGCAUGCAGGAGGAGCAGACCCACCUCCAGGAGGAGCUCAGCAGUCAGAAGGAGCUGGUCAGACUUCUCCAGCAGACACUUCGGAGCUCUCAAUGUGAGCGUUGGCCUUCAGGCAGCUCUGUGCCGGGUGAGGUGGAUGCAGCUGCAGUCCUGGCAGAGCGGGACGGGCAGAUCCAGGCCCUGUGUGGUCACAUGGAGAGGCUGGCCCUCGAGAAGGAGAGCCUGCAGCAGGAACUGAAGGGCCUGAAGGUUAAAGUGGGGGAGAUUAAUGAUCAGUUAGGCAUGCUAAUGGAGACCAUCCAGGCCAAAGAUGAGGUCAUUAUGAAGCUGUCUCAGGAGAGCCAGGAGGGUAAUGCUGAGCUGCCAGAGUGCAGCUCCCCCACAGCCAGAGAACGACAAGAGCUGGACAAUCUGAGGGAUAGCCUCCAUGGCUACAAAUCACAAAAUAAUUUCCUGAACAAAGAAAUCCUUGAAUUGACAGUCCUGCGGAGGAAUGCUGAAGCUAGAGAGAAGGCCCUGGAAGUGAAGUACACUGCUCUGGAGGCCAAGCUGUGCCAGGUGGAGAGUAAAUACCUGGUACUGCUACAGGAAGUGAAGACUCCAGUAUGUUCCUCGUCUGAGCAAGGUCCAGCCCAUGAAGUUAUAUCCAGACUGCUGGAAGAUGCCCUGGAGGUGGAGAGCUCUGACCAACAGGAGCACACUGUUUUCAAACCCCAUGCUGUCAGUGAGUACGAUGUAUAUGGCUUCAAAACAGUCCCAGAGGAGGAUGAUGAGGAGGAGAAACUGGUAGCCAAGGUGCGAGCUCUGGAUCUCAAGUCCCUCUCGCUAACUGACCAAGAGGUGUCUGUUGGGGUAAAGUGGGAAAACUACCUCUCAGGCACCAUGAACAGGGAGUUGAUUCGCUCUCCAGAGCUGAAGUCGUUAAUGCGCAGUGGUGUGCCACAUGUGCAUCGCUCUAAAGUCUGGAGCUGGUGCGUUAACUUCCAUGUGAAGAAGAUACGAGAGAGCCAGCCGGCAGACUAUUAUGAAAACCUGCUGUGCAUGGCGAGGGACAAGCCCAACCCGGCCUCUAAGCAGAUAGAGCUAGAUCUGCUGCGCACACUGCCCAAUAACAAGCACUACGCCUCCCCCUCAGCUGAAGGUAUCCAAAAACUCAGGAAUGUGCUGCUGGCGUUCUCCUGGAGGAACCCAGACAUUGGCUACUGCCAAGGCCUCAACAGGUUAGCAGCAAUAGCCCUUCUCUAUCUGGAGCAGGAAGAGGCUUUCUGGUGUCUCAUCGCCAUUGUGGAAGUUUUCAUGCCACGAGACUAUUAUACCAAGACACUGCUUGGCUCACAGGUGGACCAGCGUGUGUUUAAGGACUUAAUGAAUGAGAAGCUACCAAGACUUCAUGCUCAUUUUGAGCAGUAUAAAGUGGACUUCUCCCUAAUCACCUUCAACUGGUUUCUGGUGGUGUUUGUGGACAAUGUGGUCAGUGACAUCCUCUUCAAGAUAUGGGAUUCAUUUCUUUAUGAAGGACCGAAGAUAAUAUUUCGUUUUGCUCUUGCGCUCUUCAAGUGCAAAGAAGAGGAGUUUUUGAAGUUGCAGGAUGCCAUGGCUAUUUUUAAGUAUCUUCGAUAUUUUACACGCACAAUCCUGGAUGCAAGAAAGCUGAUGAACAUGGCCUUUGUGGACAUGAACCCCUUCCCCCUGAGGCAGAUCCAGAAUCGCCGCACCUUUCACUUGGAGAAGGUUCGCCUGGAACUCACAGAGUUGGAGGCCAUUCGCCAGACAUUCCUACGAGAGAGAGAGACCACCCAAGAUGGACGCACACUUAUUAGUGAUGAUGAUGAAGACAACUAAAUGAGCACCCAUCAGUAACUGGACCCAAUACAGCUAAUCAGCCAAUCAAACAGUGCUUUGUUUAAAGUAUGUGUUUUGGAGAGAUGGUUUAAAUCUCUGCUUCUUAGCACAGUGGCUUGCAAGGACCAAAGAGCAUGAUGCAGCCAUUUUAGCUGACCAGCAUUCUUUUUCCUUAUCAAUGUACUUUCUCUUGAGCAAUCAGUGAAAAAUGAUAUAUCGUCUUUCUUAUAGUUUUCUCUACAAGUCAGUGUUAACAUCCACAUCAGUGUAUUGGUUUAUAUUGUGAAUGACUUGUGUGUGCUAGGUGGUGUUGAUUGACCAAGAGUUAAACUUCAGGUACCUUCAUGGGAUGCUGGGCUUGCAGUUCUGGUACACCAGCAUUGUGCAUUGUUCAACACUUCACCUACCAACAAUACAUGGUUCACUGCAAACUCUUGUGUAUAUGUCUUAAAACAUGUUUACUUUCAGUUGUGUUUACCUUUUAUAUGUAAUGUUUCAGGUAUAACUGUUGCAUUAUUUUCUAUGAAUCAUGGUGUACUUGUGAAAUAUACAAUAUUUCAGGUUUUGCUCAUACAAAUAUCAUAUUCUUUGUACUCCUGUCCCUGUUUUUAUGUCGUGUGAGGCACUUAAAUCACUUUAAAUUAGGGUUGUGCUUUUUAGGGUGAAUUUCAGUUUAGGGAAGUAUGAGAUGCUAUACGGUAAAACGAGCAGUAGCCAAUUCUGUCCUACAUGCACAUGAAGUAUCAGCAGAAGCUCAGUGAAAAUUCCUGUCUUCUGUCAUGAGAUGACAGUUAGCUGCUGGAAAAUAGUUCUUGGACAAUGCGAAUCAUGCAGUCAGUCAGACCAGGCUGCUUAUUUUCUGCUUGAGUGGCAUUCUUUUGUUGGCAGUCAGCUGCAAUUGGUCUAGCUUGGGUCCUCAGUUGUCAGUAUAUCCAGUGCUGUCAGUGACAUGCGUGUUAUCAGUGUUACAGUAUGGCAUGGCUGUAUUUCAAGAUAAUUUUGGUUAAUAGUCAUGGUCCUGAGUUUAGCUGUAGUGCUAUGAAUGUGUCUUCACAGUUCAUAGCACUAAAGAAAUUAUUUUUUUCCUGUGUGUAAGAUCAAAUGUAUGUUAACAUGAACUAUCCUGUGUUUUAGUACAUCACUCACUGAAAAAUAGGUUGUAUUUUUGGUUCUGCCUUAUUCAACAGGGAGCAGUAUUGUAUGAUUUUUUUUUUUUUAAUCUAACUUUGUGCAGCUUUGAUCAGAUUUCCAUGUAAUAUUCAUUCUACCUGCUCUCCGUUUUUACUCUUAGUGCUUCAGUAAACCUAAAAGUGGAAUUGGAUUUUAAAGGUCCAUUUAAUGAGGGACAUUGAAUGUUUAGCAGUUUAUUUUGCUCUAUUCAUUUAGACAUUUGGAUAUUGGCCUAACAGGCCUAACAGAUGGCCUAAAAGACUUUCGUAUAGUAGGAUAAAAUUCCCUGUCUACUUUUAUCUGUAGAGAUGUUUACAGCAGGUUGGCUUCAAUGUGGAUUUGUUUUCUCUUUAAUUACUUUUCAUCAGUUUUUCUCUUUUAGGUUGGAAGCUUCCAUAAAUGCUUGUGGCCUCCUUUACACAUGCCUUCAGUUGAUGAAUGAUACAAAACUGUGAAUUUUCUCUUUGAGAGCUGGUCUCUUGAAUAUGGAGAAUGUCUUAAUUUUGUUCAAAUCUAAUCUGUGUACUAGUGAUAAGUGUUGUGAUACAAUCUUUGUAGCUGCAUUCCCUUCAAUGGAAUUUUUGCUUUUCAGUGAGGACUUUCCUUUAAUUUGAAAAUAUAUUAUUUUUAUAUAUUGUUUCUGUCCAAUGAAAACCAUGUAUCUCCAU